AUGAGCGCUCAGAAAUUCCUCACCGACGUCGAAACCGGCGUGGUGCCUGUCAAUAGCCAUGAUCAAGUGCUACGGAUAGCAUUUAUUCAUAUGGAUGAGGUGCUGUGGACUGGUAUGGGUGUAUUUGAUGUUAUCGAGAAACUGCACGCGCACAGAUGGUCAUUCGGCGAGGGCGAGUUGAGGUUCAAUCGCACCCUGGAUCUAUUCUAUCUAGCCCAGAUCGCAGCAGGCAUCUACCGCUCCUCCGACCAAAUCGAAGGCAUCUUCCCCUCCGUUGAUGGAUUUGAUACUUUCUACACUGAGCACCACGCGCUCCUGCAUCCCUCCGCCUGGCGCGCCUAUUAUUCGGAGCCAUUCUUAAAACAGAACAUCACAGCCCGCUUCUACCGCCUUCCUGACCUCCAAGAUCUACCGGACUCAGACAACCCGCUGGACCUGCCGAUUCGCAAGCAAUCUCACGUCGGCGGUGGCCCACAUGCCACGAAACUCCCCCGCUGGGCCUAUAAUGUCGCAUGUACAUACCUUAGACAACCCCUACUUCCACUCGUGACUCUUACCGAUAUAGCCCUCAGCACGCUCGAAGCAACCAUUAACCGCCUACGUAAGGCGCACCCGAGCGUGCGGCCCUACUCAGAGACGCAAGCGCGCUUCUGGCUGGAGUAUAUGGGGGCCCGUUACUUUGGCGCACGGACCAGAUCCGAGGCGCCGUCCCCAACAAGGUGGAAUGAGAACUGCUUCGGGAUACUCGUGGCGCAGGGGUCAUAUGAUGUCUGGGAACAGAAUGGGGUUGUUGAGCCGGAUGUGAAGGAUGGUAUGUGGAAGAGCGAGGUGAUGUGGUGUGGGUGGCCAGAUAGCGGGAUUGGGGCGUUUGCGUGGUGGAGUGGAUGGGAUGGGGAGCUUGGCAGUGAUGAAAAGAUAGAGUUUUUGGCUGCUGUUGCAGUAGAGGAAACAGUAGGUGUGGAACUAGAUAAGUUGGACCUUGCAGUGCGGUCACAUAUAUUACUUGGGGUGAUGCGGGCUGCAGUGAAAACAGGGCUGGAAAGGGAAGAUCUUCUUCAGGAGCUGGAGACGGGGAUGGUGCAGAGUGGUCGGAUUAAGGAGGAAAGGGCCGGAUUGUGGCUGAGGGAGGCCUUGGGGGUCAUGGAGCCAUAUGUGAGGAUAUGGGAGGGGGUGUGGCCUGAUGCAGAGGAGAGGGGAAAGAUGCUACGGCGGAUCUUGGUGGAGAAUGGGCAUCUUUUUGCAAGAUGGAAGGCUUCGCCGCAUUUGAAAGAGUUUAGUUUUGUGCUGGGUCCGCCGGUGGAGGGGUGGCAGGUUGCUAGAGCGAGGUUGUCUAUUCUAUUAUGCCUACGGCGCAGGAUUCCUGGUAUAUCAGGUUUGAUUAGGGCUGCGGAUGAGCGGUUUGAGGUAAUCGAGCUAACGUGGAAGGGGUGA